AUGAACGAGGAGCUGGCGCGCGAGAUCACCGACAUGACACUCAAGUCCAAGCUGAAGAGCGACUUCUUCGCCACCAUGUCACACGAAAUCCGCACGCCCAUGAACGGCAUCUUUGGCAUGGGGGAGUUGCUGAUGGACACCAAGCUGUCCACCGAACAGUCUGAAUUUGCCGAGGCGAUCAUCAACUGUGCUCACUCGGUGCUGUGUAUAGUCAACGACAUCCUCGAUUUCUCCAAGAUCGAGGCCGGCAAGCUCGAAUUGUACGAGGUACCCUUCAGCCUCCGGUCGGUGAUCGACGAGACCAUGGAGAUCCUGGCAGUCAAGGCCAAGGAGAAGGACGUCGAUCUUCACGUGCACUACGCCACCAACGUUGCACACCACUACAUUGGCGAUGCUGCUCGUAUUCGCCAGGUGCUCACGAAUUUGCUCAGCAAUUCGGUGAAAUUCACCAACUUGGGCUCGGUCGAUGUCCACGUCGAGCUGGUGAGCACGGAGGAGGUGGCCACCCCACCGGCGUCGUCGUCAUCGCCGACGAAGAGCGGCCGAUUCGCCAAAGGCAAACCUGUCGAUACGCGCCCGAAGGCCCGCCGUGGCUCAGCCGACACGGCGCCGCGCAAGAUGGGCGGCAGUCGCGAUGAGAUCGAGGUCGUGGACGAAGAGGCCAUCCGCGCUGAAUACGUCAGCAAACAGCGGCGACGCAACUCUCUGCCCUGGAACUCGAACAAGAAGGUCAACAACCUCCGGCGAAUGGGCAUGAGCUCGAUCGGGUCGAGCUCCGGCAAUCUACUGGCCAUCGGCCCCGAUUCCUGUUACGAUGGCGACGUCGACGAGGAAGAGCAGCCUUCGCCUGUGCACUGGCUCAAGAUCAAGGUCACCGACACGGGCAUCGGUAUCAGCGAAACACGACUACUGAGCCUGUUCAAGAAAUUCGAGCAGGGUGAUGCAUCGACUGCCGUGACGUUUGGCGGGAGCGGCCUCGGGUUGGCGAUCUCGAAAGAGUUGGUGGAGCUCAUGGGCGGCAAAAUGGGCGUAGCCUCCGCAAUCGGUGUGGGGUCUUGUUUCUACUUCACGCUGCCGCUCCGGCGAGACAUGUCGCGUCAGCCGCGCCUGAUGUCGCCCAUUCCCGGCUCCUCCAAGCUGCAGCCGCUUCUCCACCUUACCACGCCCAGGGUACUGGUGGCGGACGACGAUCGUAUGUUCUGCGAGACCCUCCGCGUUGAGCUGGAGGCCUGGGGCUUCUUCGUGGAGUGCUUUGAUUCUGAGGAGGCCGCAGUCACCCGCUUCGUCAACAAUUGCCUUGAGCCCCGCCCCCAUGGGUUCCGAGUGGCCUUUGUCAAUUCAGACUUUGAGGGGCUGAUCGCGGCUGUGCGGCAGCGCCGCAACAUCAGCCAGACACAGAAAUGGGCCUCCGUCUCGCUUGGAGCUGUGGGCACCGCCCAACGCAAGCAACGAAACGGUCGGCUGAAGGAUCAGUUCCACUCCCUCGAGACUGCUCUGCAGCGGAAAGACGACCUCACCCGCGAUACGCACCUGGUGCAGGUCUCGCAGAUCAAGCGGUUCACCGAGGUCAAUGGCGAGGGCAUCCUGUUCAAGCCCGUCCGGCUGGCCAAGCUGCAUAAGCUUCUGAAGACGUUUCUGUCUGAGAACGACGAAGAGACGGAGAAGGAGUGGCGCGAGAAGCAGCGAGAGCGACGCAAGGCCAAGGAGCGCCUGAAGCGGAAGAAGGGCGGUCGAGCCCAUAAGCGGUCCACCUCCGACAAGACCGAACCCAACACCAGCCCGAUCGCCUAUGCCGCGCACGCGACCGACGGCCACGGUGAGGCGACGCCGCACAACAACGGCGCCACCAUCAACAACAAGAGCGCCGGCCUGGACGAGGCUGAUGGCAACGCGAACGAAGACACGGUGAAGGAGAAGGAAGUGGAGAAGGAGAGCGGUGACAGUGGCGACGCGGAAGAGGAGGAAGGACACAUGCCGGCGGUGGCACUCAAGCAGGUGGUCAAGGGCGGUCGUUUCCUCAAGAUGGCGCUGGGCCGGCGGAGGUCGAUGUCGUCCCACGCGAGCGGAGGCGGGUCGAGCGCGGCCAGCUCGAGCGGCGAAAGGGACCCGCAGCAGCAGCAAGAGCAGCACCCGCGGAAGGAGAAGGAGGAGUGCAGCAGCAGUAGCAGCUGUGCGAGCAGCGACAGCAUCGAAUCGAUGAUGGGCGAAGACGCGCAGCAGCCGCAGCAGCGCGUGCACCAACAAUCGGUGCUGAUGGCCAAAAAGAGCAAGAAGAGCCCGCGCAGCAAAAAGGAGAAGCAGGCGGUCACGUGGCAGGAGAUGAACGCGCUGGUGCACCGCGGGAGGAGCGACAGCGACACCUCGCGCUCGCCCUCCAUUUCAGACGCUGAAACCGAAAACGAAGAGGAGGAAGAGGAAGACAGGGAGGAGAAGAAAAAGAAGAAAGCGCUCAUCCUCGUGGUCGACGACAACAUGGUCAACCAGAAGGUCAUCGGCCGAUUCCUCGCCAAGAUCGGGCUUGAGAACAUCAUCACCGCCUAUGACGGCAAGCAAGCCAUAGACAUUGUCCUUGAGCGGCGAAACGAGAUCAAGCUGAUCUUCAUGGACUGCCGUAUGCCGAUCCUCGAUGGGUAUGAGGCGACGCGCAUCCUGCGACAGGAGAAGAAGGUGACCACCCCAAUCGUGGCCGUGACCGCCAACAACCGAAACGAACAGAACGAGAAGCUAUGCUUCGACAGCGGCAUGAACGACUACGUGGAGAAGCCCAUCAGAUUCGCAGACAUUUCGUUGAUCGUGAGCAAGUACAUUCUCAAGGGCAAGGGCGGGUCUGAAGCUUAUAAUCUCGCUUCUCAGAUGAGAGAGCACUUCUUCGUCUUGCUGGACUUAUGGGGAGGCGGGUCGAGCGCCACCCGGAUGGCCUCGUGGAACAGGUGCUGCAGGCCCUCCUGGGUCUUGGCCGAGCACUCCAGAUCGAUCUUGGUGCCGACCAGGAGAACCGGAACCUUGGGGCAGUGGUGGGUGACUUCCGGGUGCCACUUGGUGCGCACGCUUUCGAAGGAAGAAGACGAGGCGACGGUGAAGCAGAUGAGGAAGACGUCGGUCUGGGAGUAG